AUGCGCCGCUGCGCGUUACGACGACUCCAAACCGCGCACCUCACAAAAAUCGGCUUUUUUUUUGGGCCUAUGCCUAUGCCUAUGCCUACGGAGUACUUGCAUAGGUACGCCUGCCAUCUUCGCCCAGGUACCCGAAGAGGAUUGGUGGAUGCGCCCUGCGAUCUCGGCAGAUCGGCGUCGCUCAACCUCCGGUCUUUCCAACAGCUGCUCAGGUGCCCGCCCGCCAACCCCUCGCUCGCUCACUCGCUUACCUCACCCUUCGAAGCCGAGCUGCCUGCCUUGCGCAGCUGCGCUUGGUGCUGCCUGCCAGCCUGCCACGAACGAACGGGGGUUACAAAGCAAAUUCCACGACGACGACCGAUUUCCGCGCCCCGACAUUUUAACGACACGCCCCCCUGCCUUCCGUCUAGUCAUCUCUCAGGACAGUCACCGUCUCACAGAUUACCGUGGUUCACUAACGCCGCCGUAUCGUGGACGAAUCACGAGGGGUUUCCUCAUGGCAUUCGGGUUUUGGCGGUGUGUUUUAACCCCCCUACCGCCGUACAGUCCCUUUUUUUGACCGCAAAGAGACGGAAUUAA